AUGGCGGCGAAUUCGGGAGACACGAUUUUUGGCAAGAUUAUUCGCAAAGAAAUUCCAUCAGAAUUUCUACAUGAGGACGAUCAGGUUUGAUAUGCAAUUAAUGUUAUGAUUGGAAAAUGUGUGCAGAUUGUUAAGAAGAGCUGAUAGUGUCAAUCGGAAAGUUUGUUUGGGAUAUUUAUGUAAACGGAACUGAAUGUUUUCAUUGUUUUGUAUAUAUAUAUUUAAUAUUACAGACAGAAAGUUUUGCCAAAUGAAUAAAACAGGGACGGCGAAGCCUGUUCCAGAGUGGGAGCAGGAGCACAGGAGCUAUGCCACACAGUAUUUUUUUCAAAGUGACUAUAUGACCGGCAGCCGUUUAUCAAAUACACAGUUUAUCAAAUACUAAAUGGCCAGCAGUCUAGUGACUAUAGUUGAAUAUAAAAACUUUUGUUUGCGUUAACUUUUACAGAGCUUGCUGUUAGCUCGUACGGCAAGGGCGCUGCGUGCGAAAAGUUAAACGCAGUCGGGGUCGGGAUGUGUUUUGUUUGACUUAGCAUUGUUUUUUCUUAAAAAUUUUUAAACUUUUUUUUCCUGACUUUUCUAACUCUCAAAAGGUUAGGGUUAGGACUUAGGGGUUAGGGUUAGAAAAGGGUUUGGGGUUGGGGAUAGGUUUAUCUUAUGAAAAUUCAACUUUAACAAUAGUCACUAGACUGCCGGCCAUUUAGUAUUUGAUAAACCGUGACCAGCUGCCGGUCAUAUAGUCACUUCGUAUUUUUUUUAGCCUCCAAAAAAGUGGAGAGGGGGGGGCGACCCUCCUGCUCUGCUGUCCCUGUAAAUGUGGUGUUUCCACAAAAAAAUAUACCAUGAACUUUGCUUAGCCUCACCCUUUGAAGUGACCAAAACCUUUGCAGGUUACACUCGGCCUCCCCCUAAAUACAGACAUUUUUCCCCAUCAAGGUAAAGUGUUGAUGAUUAAUGAAUGAUGCUAUAUUUUAGUGUAUUGUGAUCAAGGACAUUAGUGCACAAGCUCCAGUACACCUCUUGGUUAUUCCUAAGAAACCGAUUGUUGGUCUUUCUGGGGCAGAUGACUCUGAUGAACAGGUAACAUAAUCUGUUUUUGAUGUAUUUAUAAUUGCAGUGGUCGACAGCACUCUUCCCUUGAUGAGUAAAAUCAUAUGGGGGGGUGAAUAGGGGUAUACAAAUCCGCCGAUUUGAAGCAAAAUCCGCGAUCAGAGCCAAAAUAUUAGAUAAAUCCGCAAUCUGCUGUAUUAAUAAGAUCCAAAAUCCGUGUAAAACAUUCGCCAGAUCCGAAAUCCGGUCAAUUUUUUCUGUGAAAUCCGACGAUCUGAAAACCCCCCCAUAUGGCAGCGUUAGGCAGAGUAAAAGUGGGCCACAUUGUGGUGCAUUGCAAUGUACUUAAUGGGUAAUAUUUGUUUAUGAGUAACAUGAAUGACAAAGUUUUUGCUGUGUUCUUUCCCUUAAACAUCUCCCCUUGACUAGCAAAAUUGUCUGGCAUUAGACAGAGUAAAAUAAUAAAGUGACAUUGAGUAAUCAUUUAUUUACAUUUAGCUUCUUGGUCAUCUUCUAUUGGUAGCCAAGAAGGUCGCUGCAGCUCAGGGUUGUGAGAAAGGUUAUCGUAUUGUGAUCAACGAUGGUGUUGACGGCGGUCAGUCAGUGUACCAUCUUCAUGUACAUGUGCUUGGAAAACGACAACUGGGCUGGCCGCCAGGAUAA